GUUCGCUAGGGUGCGCCGUGGGAGUUUCCAAUAUAAAGUGCGCACUCUCAUCUUUCGGUAGCACCAGCCAACAUCAGUCUCCAGAGCGGCGUAAAACCCUAGCAAGCCAGAGCCGGAGACUCAUAAGCCUCAGAUCUCUUCCGUCUCUCCAUCCCCGCAACCAUGACUUUCAAGCGCAGGAAUGGAGGACGCAACAAGCACGGUCGUGGCCACGUUAAGUUUAUCCGCUGCUCCAACUGCGGCAAAUGCUGCCCCAAGGACAAGGCAAUCAAGAGGUUCCUUGUGAGGAACAUUGUUGAGCAAGCUGCAGUUAGGGAUGUCCAAGAAGCCUGCGUCUAUGACCAAUAUGUUCUUCCCAAGCUGUAUGCAAAGAUGCUGUAUUGUGUUUCAUGUGCGAUUCACUCGCACGUUGUGCGGGUUCGCUCUCGCACUAAUAGGAGGAACCGCGAGCCGCCACAGCGCUUCAUCAGGCGUAGGGAUGAUCUGCCAAGGCCUGGUCAGCCUGGGCAAGCACCUCGUCCUGCUGGAGCUGGGAAUCCUGUUCGUGCGUAAAAUGCAAAUCAUUUUGUUUCGUAUUUGGUCGUGUUCCUUUAUGGAGUGUCUUUUAACUUUUCAGUUGUGUAGGAAGUCUUUGUGGUUUACGAUACAAAUGUCUUUAUAACUUGAUUUGAUGAGAAUGCAACCUGGAAAUCCUUUAGUUUUGUUUUA